UCGCUUCGGCCCGGCCUGCGCCUACCCCCUAGCCCAACCAUGGCGGCUCUCACACGCCUCUCCUACCGCCUGCGGUUCUGCGCCUCCGCCCGCCGCCCCGGGGGCGCCUGGUCCAAGGGAUGUGUUGGCUACUUUUCAACCAGCACACGUCGCCAUACCAAAUUUUAUAUGGAUCCAGUGGAAGCGGUAAAAGACGUCCCUGAUGGUGCAACAGUACUGGUUGGUGGUUUUGGCUUAUGUGGAAUUCCAGAGAAUCUUAUAGGAGCUUUGCUAAAGACUGGAGUAAAAGGACUAACUGCAGUCAGCAACAAUGCAGGGGUUGACAACUUUGGUUUGGGCCUUUUACUUCGAUCCAAGCAGAUAAAACGCAUGAUCUCUUCGUAUGUGGGUGAAAAUGCAGAAUUUGAACGACAGUAUUUAUCUGGUGAAUUAGAAGUAGAGCUGACACCUCAGGGCACGCUUGCAGAGAGGAUUCGUGCAGGUGGGGCUGGAGUUCCUGCAUUUUACACCAGCACAGGGUAUGGGACCCUAGUGCAAGAAGGAGGGUCACCGAUCAAAUACAACAAAGAUGGCAGCAUUGCCAUUGCCAGUAAGCCAAGAGAGGUGAGGGAGUUUAAUGGUCAACAUUUUAUUUUGGAGGAAGCAAUCACAGGGGAUUUCGCUUUGGUGAAAGCCUGGAAGGCAGACCGAGCAGGAAAUGUGAUUUUCAGGAAAAGUGCAAGGAAUUUCAACUUGCCGAUGUGCAAAGCUGCAGAAACCACAGUGGUGGAGGUUGAAGAAAUUGUGGAUAUUGGAUCAUUUGCCCCAGAAGACAUUCAUAUUCCUAAAAUUUAUGUACAUCGCCUUAUAAAGGGAGAAAAAUAUGAGAAAAGAAUUGAGCGUUUAUCAAUCCGGAAAGAGGAAGAUGUAAAAACCACAUCUGGUAAACCUGGAGAUAAUGUAAGGGAACGUAUCAUCAAGCGUGCAGCUCUUGAAUUUGAGGAUGGCAUGUAUGCUAAUUUGGGCAUAGGAAUACCGCUUCUGGCCAGCAACUUUAUCAGCCCCAGUAUGACUGUCCACCUGCAAAGUGAAAAUGGAGUCCUGGGUUUGGGUCCUUACCCGUUAGAAAAUGAAGUUGAUGCAGAUCUAAUCAAUGCAGGCAAGGAAACAGUUACUGUUCUUCCAGGAGCCUCUUAUUUCUCCAGCGAUGAAUCAUUUGCGAUGAUUAGAGGGGGACAUGUCAAUCUAACAAUGCUAGGAGCCAUGCAGGUUUCCAAAUAUGGUGACUUGGCUAACUGGAUGAUACCAGGGAAGAUGGUGAAAGGAAUGGGAGGGGCUAUGGAUCUAGUGUCCAGUGCCAAAACCAAAGUGGUGGUCACCAUGGAGCACUCUGCAAAGGGAAAUGCACAUAAAAUCAUGGAGAAAUGUACAUUACCACUGACAGGAAAACAGUGUGUCAACCGCAUCAUUACUGAAAAGGCCGUAUUUGACGUGGACAACAAGAAAGGCCUGACUCUGAUUGAACUCUGGGAAGGCCUGACAGUGGAUGACAUAAAAAAGAGCACUGGGUGCAAUUUCGCAGUUUCACCAAAACUCAUACCAAUGCAGCAGAUCGCAACUUGAAAUGUGGAGUAGACUUUUGUCCCAAGCUGUGUGUUUUUCAUUUUAACCACAUAGGAUUUUAUUAAAAGGACAUCAGUAAUCAUAACUGUAUAUCUAACAAGCAGUUUUUGACUAGUUUUCUAUCAUCUUAAUGCUUUAUACAGCCAUGUAGACUUUGUUCUCUCAAGCGUACUGUGACAUUUUAAUGAAAAACAAAAAGAAAAAAAAUAUGAUUAUCUUAUUUGCUUUAUAAGUGCUGAGAAGGUCAUAUUUACAGUUGGUGCUCACAUUGGGUUUAUUUUCAUCUUCUGUGGUAUGUACAUUAAAUUGUGUGCAGUUUGUACCAAGAUGGGCCCUUACUUAGGAAGAGUUUCAUUGAUGUACUUUCCCUCCUAACUAAAUCAUGACACGUAGAAAAAAAAGAAUGAGGGAGAAAAUGAACUCCACCCAGAGUAUACCCAGGGGAGCAUCGUACUAGUCCUGAAAGAUAACAUUUGUGUGAAUUUUAAUCAGGAGAAAUGCUGUCUUAAGGGUUAUGAUUUUCCUUCGGCCUCCUCUGUCUUUUUUUUUGGAGCCUCUGAUUUUGUGAUUACAUCUUGUUUCCCUAGAGCAUCCCUUCUCCCACCCCUCCUAACCCCCCCACUUUUUGUAACUAAGUAGAUGCCCAAGAAGGCAAACAGGAACAUCUCUGUGUGGGAGAAGUAACCUGGUUUGUGGGAGAGACUGAAGGGUAUGGGGUCUAUUAGUGCUGACAUCCAACCAAGAAGUUGCCUUUAUAAACAAACCAAAUAACCAUCUGUGCUUUGCCAAA